UCAGUUAGAACAAAAUAUGAAAUUUUUACAAGAACAGCAUCAAGCAACCCUGGUUGCUUUGCACCAGGAAGUUGAUUUUCUGCGCCAGAAGAACAGAGAUUUACAGUUUCAGUUAGUAUUCUCAAAAGGAUCUGCUUAUGUGCCCAGCACUCCUUCAUCCCCUGAAGAUAACGGAACUGGGUUUGCGAAAUCAAAGGGUAGCCCAGUAUGCGUAAAUAUUGCACCAUUGCAGGUGGAACUGUUGGAGAAAGAUUUACAAGAUAUUAAAAUAUCUCUACAAGAAGCCAAGACACAAAAUCAGUAUUUAUCUGAGAUUGUUGAACAACAGAAAAAAAAAUUGAAUUCUUCGGAGGAACAGAAAACGAAUAAACAGUUACCAACGGACAUAGGAAUCCAA